AUGAAGGUCCAAUCUCUAUUCUUUGUUGUCUUUGUGGCUGUUGCUGCUGGCCAGCAGUAUACACGCUGCGGUGUUCAAGACCCAAGGUACGUCGAAACUCCAUCCUUGGAAUAUCUUCAUCGUUUUCAACAGCUGAUUGAUCCCUAGUGACGCCCUCAAAGCAGCCCACAACGAAGCCUACUUGAGCAGAAUAUCCAACUCCAGCGCGACCACCUCCAGAAAUGUUGACACAUAUGUCCACGUUGUCACUUCCACCACCAAGCAGAACGACUACUCCAAAGCCAUGGUCCAGGAGCAAAUGAAAGUCAUGAACGAUGCCUAUUCCGGUUGGGGAGUCACUUUCAACACCGUAGCCAUCAACUUCACCGUGAACGACGCCUGGGCAUCCGCCGCCAUGGAAAGCGACGAAGAAUACGACAUGAAAGCCGCUCUUCGCCAAGGCAGCUACGCAGACCUGAAUCUCUACUUCACCAGCGACUUGCCAGAUGGCUUGUUGGGGUUCUGCUAUUUCCCCGUUGACAGGUAGGAGGACCACAACUCCCCUCCCCCCCAAAGGCGAUUCAGAAUUUCUCCCCCAUUCCAGCUAAUGCACACUUCUUUCUUUCCCAGCCCGACCAAACAAGACCGCAUCCUCGACGGCUGCAUGUGCCUCGCGGAUUCCAUGCCCCACGGCAGCGCCACACACUACGACCUCGGCUACACCGCCGUGCACGAGACAGGCCACUGGUUCGGCCUCUACCAUACCUUCCAAGGCGAAUCGUGUUCCGGCUCCGGCGAUUACGUUUCCGACACUCCGAUUCAGAAGACUCCGACUUCGGGUUGUCCGGCAAGGCAGGAUUCGUGCCCGAAACAGCCUGGGCUGGAUAAGUAAGUCUCUCUCUCUCUCUCUUCUCCAGGGGACUUUGCUUAAGAAGAAAGUGAAAAAAAGGGGGUGCGCGGUAUGCUGAUUUCAGGGUGUUAGCAUUCACAAUUUCAUGGAUUAUGGCUACGAUAGCUGCAUGACCCUUUUUACGCACGGGCAGCAGACGCGCGGGUUGGCGAUUUACGACCAGGAGCGGGCUGGGAAAUAG